AUGAGGGUGUCUGUCACCAGCUUCAAUGCCGGGAAAUUGUUCCCCUGGGGGGCUAGCGAGAGUCAAAUGGAUGCGGUCGUUGGACAGUUGGUCCCGCAGGGUACCCCAGUAGACGUGUUUGCCCUCGGGUUCCAAGAGUUGGCCCUCAUUUGGGAGGGAUCCUUCCCGCAACUUAUCCAAGAGUACGUCGACACAGUACAGCAGUCCGUGUUGAGAGUGUUGGACAGAUUGUACCCUAACCAGUACAAGUCCGUAGCGGACCAUCACGUCGGUUGUAUUGCACUGCUAGUGUUUGCCCGAAACGAUGCGCCUGAUGUGGAACUCACCUUCAAGAGCAGCUGCCUGCGUGGUUUGGGUGGGUCCUCGUUGAAGGGGGCCGCUGCCAUUCGCCUCGCUUUGGCGGACGGCCAGUCGCUCUCGCUGAUAUGUUGCCACUUCAACGCCAACGAGGGUGAGGCGAACUUGCAGAGGAGAGUCGAGGACUACAAUGCUGUGUGGGCGCAGUGUCAAGAGGACUUGCAACUCGUUCGAUGCCCUAGCCCUCACGCAAUAUUCUUUGGCGACCUGAAUUUCCGAGUGAGGGGCGUCGACUGGAAUCAAGCGACCACACUGGAUUACAACACGCUUCUCUCAAAGAAUGACGAGUUAAACCUGCUGCGUGUGCGCAGGGGGGUCAUCUUCCAACAGUUCACAGAACCGGCUAUCUCGUUCAAGCAAACGUACAAAUACAACCUGCACAACCCGCAAAACACCUACAACGGGAAACGGAUCCCCUCCUGGUGCGACAGAAUACUACACGGUCAAUACAUUGACCCGCCACAGGACGUGGUGUAUCGCGCACUGCCAAGAACGGACACGUUGCUAUUCACAGAUCACCAGCCGGUCAGUUUGACAAUGACGUUGCCCACGGUCGAGCAAGCGGGGCCCAGGCCGAGCGAACACACCAGCCCCAUUACAGAGCAGACGAACGUGGCUGAUCUUGCGAUCGGAUACGCAGGGUGGUCGUACGCCAAAAGAGUCCACGUCUACUUGAUCGUCUUUAUUGUUGUGUUCUCGUUCUUUAUGCUGUGA